UUUUGGGCUGAUUCCACCUCUGCUUCCUAGCGCAGAUGCUUCCCUCUCCAUGACGACCGAGACGGCGUAUGUCGAGCAUGCCGUCAGAAUCAUCGCAGAUCAUGGUCUCGAUGACUUCAGCUCGCUACCCGACAGCCUUCAGUCCUGCUUCACGCGCUCCCUCCAGCUCAUCGAGAAGGCCUGUAGCAGCAGCAGCAGCAGCGGCAGCGACGUCAUGGUCGAUCUCGAACAGGUAAUCACUACCUGCCAAGCUGUCGUCGAACGAUGCACCGAGCACUUUCACAGCAUUCAUCACAGCCAGGUGACACGCGCUUGGCGUCGGCUCUACGUCGACUGCUGCCUACUUCACGGACUCGCUGCGCUGAGCCUGAGCUCCGGCCCCGCCACCGUCAACGAUGGAGCGAAAAUUUCAAUGUCCAAAGACGCCAUCAAAGCCCUAGACACGGCGCUCAUCGUGACCAGCGCACCCGGUCCAAGCCGAUACGAGCUGGUUCAAGACAUCGUCGGUGCCCUGCAAGAAGUCUACAUCAAGCACAGCAAAGGGUUAGGACCCUCGUUGCUGAAAGCAUCGCCUUCGUCUUCACCGGCCUUCGCGACGCCUUCAGUGAAUAAAGACGCUGCAAAUAGGCACAUUGGGAUGGAGAAGGAGAAACAGAAAACGUUCUGCCGAGCCACGCGAAAGAUCAAGGAACUAGACGACAUACCUGGUCUGGAGGACUACCAUCGGCAUUACAUCGACCAACCCUUUGUUGUCCGCCGCUUCGCCCAGGAUUGGCCUGCGUUGGAUCCAUUCUUCGAGGACGAGGACCAGGCGGCGACAGCGCUGCACGACUCAGUCCAUGACGGAUCAGGUGCACGUGGACUGCAGAAAUGGCAAAGCAGGCAGUACCUGCUCGAGCGGACGGGCCCUUGUCGAGUCGUGCCCGUUGAGAUCGGGAAAGAGUACACCCAUGAGAGAUGGCGCCAGUCGAUCGUUCCGUGGGAAGACUUUCUCUCAAAGGCAGGGUGGUCUUCAAGAAGCACGGAGCAGCAAGAAGAAGGCGCAGAAGAUGAGACCUUCUACCUGGCUCAGCAUGACGUUUUCAACCAGUUUGAUCGGUUACGCCGCGACGUUCUGGUGCCCGAUAUUGUCUACUCGUGCCCACCCGCUCCAGACGGUCUUGCAACACCCUAUGUCCCCCCUUUGGACGAAGAGACAGGCGAGGGAUACAUCAUGAGCGCCUGGAUCGGUCCAGCACAGACGACCAGUCCGGCACACACUGACCCCUACUACAACGCCUAUGUCCAAGUCGUCGGUCAGAAGCUCGUCUGGAUCGCCCCUCCAGAAUCCAACGAGCAGGGUGGCAUGUACCUCUCCUCGACCGAGGGGCUAGGAAAUACGUCACAGUUCCCCAUUUUCUCACCUGACUCCAGCGACACCAAAGAAGGGGACAGGUACGAGCUCUUCCACAAGCUCGUUGAACCUAAGGCGCGCACCGCAGUUCUGGGCCCUGGUGACAUGCUUGUCCUUCCCCCAGGUUGGUACCACGCCAUGAAGAGCCUCUCUCGCAGCUUCUCCGUCUCGUUCUGGUACUAAAAGGGCGAUGCAGUCAAAUCACGAAGAGGACCAAGAAGACUGAGCAAAUGUGUCUGUGUGACUAUAUGCGAUUGAGUCUGUAGCUUGGCCAUCUUUUUUUCUCUUCUGACAAAUGGAAACAAAUGGUGGUUUGACCUUUUUACAGGCAAGAGGGAAGAAAGAGAAGAGGAUUCUUGGAAGGAAAGAUAGUUGACAUUAGACGAGACUAGGAAGGGGAU